AUGCUGACCGAACCGAAUCGAAGCAGGGGCAGCAGUAGCGACGAACUUCCUAUUACUACUGGAAAUGAUCAAGGCUUGAAGAAGCGAUGGGUCUGUGUAGUGGUGGCGAUAGCCUUUGUCUGGGUCAACUUGUACUCGCCAAUGUUACUACGAACGAUUCUUCGAGCAUACCAAUCGUCCAACUCUGCUACUGCUAAACCAAAUACGCCAAGACUAUUGGAGCUGUCAGAUGAAGAAAGGAGGACCUUACAGAGAGUUACGACCAAAAUCUACUUUUCUGGAAUGCCACAAAAUGCCCCCAAUACGACCGGGGCUUUCAUACAUGUUGGAAAGACUGGUGGGUCUACGUUAGCAACUGUUCUCCGUAAUGGGUGUCACUCUUUUCUUGAUCGACCAUGUCAGAAAGUGCGCAACGAAAGCAUUGUCUCCAAGACUGUGACCUAUUAUCAUACCCCUGACUGCGAUCUAUUGGCCCAACAACCACAUGAUUAUUACAUUUGGACUGUUCGAGAUCCAUUUACAAGAACGGUGUCGGCAUUCUUGUAUCAGCACCCAUACAAUGUUUACAUUCGACUAAAACAGUACAAUGAAAAGGUCUACGCCUUUCCCAUGAGGAAACUAUACCCAAUAUUCAGCAGAUGUUUCAAAACACUGAAUAGCUUUGCCAAAGCACUGAAACAUCAAUACCAACGCAAUACAAAUAUUACAUUAAAUGCUGCGCAAACUCUGAAAUGCGAGGUACUGGCGAGUGCCAUGUUCCAACACAAAGCUGAGAGAUUGAGUCACCAUCUACACUACGAUUAUCGAAUGUUUUCUCAACAGUUGGACGAAGGCAAUAAACAAGCGGUACUUGUGAUCCGAACUGAGUUUCUGUGGCACGACUGGACCGUGAUCAACGAGCUCCUGGGACAAACACCAGGAACGGUGUUCUCCAAUGAAACUUCGCAACUUCGCAAUACUACAAAGUAUGCCUUGCCAGUGAAGCCAAUCAUUGGAGACGAAGAACGAGACUACCUUUGCGAGAGCAUCGCACCGGAAUAUCGUGUCUACUUUGAUCUUUUGUCCAAUGCCAUUAAUCUGAAUAGAGAGGACGUGCGCAAAAUGAAGGAAAUCGCAAAAAAGAAUUGCCCAAAACUGGAGUUACCACAAGACAAGUGA